UUGCACUAUGUUGUUUGAGUUGUAUCAAACGUUUUGACAGGUAAACAAUUAGCAUUUUCGCGGUUACUGAAAGCGGUCAUGACUACGCUAGAAGACAAAAUUCUGGGUGAGAAAGUUCACUGCUACUGCAGCAGUAGUGAAAGUGAUGAAGAGAAAUCAGAAGAUGAGAGUGAAACACCAAAUGCCGUAGCGGGCGCUGAAGGAAAGUCAUCGGAUGUACCUACGCCUGACCCAUACAAAUGGGAGGGAUAUUCCACAAACACCGGCCCUAAAGGAGUGGUUCAGGAUUGGCGGCGAUAUAAACAACUGGAGAUUGAGAAGCGCGCCGAACAAGAAAAGGAGCGGUUGGACCUGAUAAAAAAACUUUCCUUGACGUGUAGAUCAGCAUUAGAUGAAGAGAGAGACAAAAACAAUGAGGAGCUAGAUCCCGAACUUGCAGAGCUUUUGAAUGACGAGAACAUUUUACUUGAAUAUCAGAAACAAAGGAUGCAAGAAAUGAUGCAGCAGAUAAGUUCGCUUCCAAGAUUUGGCAAAGUUAUAGCUUUGACCAGUGGAGAAGAAUUCCUUGAUGCAAUAGAUAAAGAACAUAAAUCUGUCACUAUCGUCGUCCAUAUAUAUGAAGACCACGUACCAGCAUGUGAAGCAAUGAAUGGCUGUCUUUUGAAUUUAUGCCAGGAAUAUGCGAAUGUUAAAUUUUGCAAAGUUAUUGGAUCAGCUGCUGGUGUCAGCAAACGUUUCAAAAUCAAUGGAGUGCCUGCAUUGUUGGUUUAUAAAGGUGGCCAGUUGGUAGGAAACUUUGUGCGUGUCAGUGAGGAGUUAGGCGAUGAUUUUUUUAUGGAAGACGUCGAGAGUUUUCUUCUUCAGCACGGCAUGCUUCCUGACAAAUCAUGUGUACCUGCAAUUAUAAGGCAACAGAAAGAUGAUGAUGACGAUGGUAAUGCUAGUGACCUUAGUUUAGAGUAACAAGUAUUCCAAGAAACUUUUAUGAGUGCAGUUUGUAACUAUUUCUAAAGUCACUAUAUGUUAUGUUAACACAAUUUAAAAAAUUGUUAUAGUUGAUGCUCUUAAUGUGAAAUUAUAUAUCUGUCUAUCUGUGUAUGUGUGUAUCAUAAAAGAAAUGAGAUAUAAUGUAGUGCUUUAGAAGCUACUGUUAAAAAUAUAU